AUGUCUUCAAUUAAUUUAUCCGAUGAUUUAUUGAAUAAUUUUGAAGAUUCAAUCAAAUCAUUAAUUGCCUUUCUUCUACAAGAUCCAUGUACAGGUUCAAGUUCAGCUGUAACAUCUACUUCAACAUCUGAACAUAAUUCAGCUGCAGUUGAACAACAUAUGCGUCGUAUAUAUGAAUCAGCGAAUGAAAUUGAAUGUAAUUUAUUACAAUUAAAAGCAUUAGUCAAUCGAACAUUACCUGAAGAACAAAUACUUGAAAAUAUAACAGAUUUACGAACAAAUAUUGAACGAAAAGAAACAUUAUUAAGAGAAUUUAAUCAAUAUUUAAAUGAUGCUAUAGCAGAUUUUAGUGUUGAAAAUACAGAAAGUCUUAAUGGAUUACUUGAUGAAUUAAGUCGAGGUAUAACAACAACAUCGGCUCUUACAAAUGUAGAUCUCGGUGAUAAUUUAUCUCAAGCAACAACAACAGCAUCAGCAAGCCAAUCUUGUUAG